ACCAUCGACGGGGGCGCAGAACACGGACUAAGGCAGAGAGUUCGCUCCUCGGAAGCCGGCACUGUGAAGGUUGAGGUGAAUACAAAGCCCGAGAAAGACUCUGAAGCAACUUGGGAUGACGGGAACAAAACGGCUUCAAGUCACGAAUGUGGACAUGCGCCUGCGAUGACGGAGGACGCGAGGGACCGCGAGGAGGUAAAAGAGGAAAAAAGUUAUCUAGUUCAUCAGUGAGGCUCCCGGCGCCGGAGAAGAAACGGAAACACACUGGACAGAUGCGCCUGUCGUGCGUAAAUCUGUAGGAACAUCAUCGGGAGGAAGACGAUUUUUACAUCUGAUUAACAAGACCUGAGCCAGGGACGGAAAUAAUCAUGGAGCCGGAGGAGACCAAAGAAGAGCAGGGCACCAGUUUGGCCCAAUCCGCCGCCGCCAAACUGUCCCGAAUGAGUGAAAGAACUAAACAACUGGGCAACGUGAUCCAAGACCCAGUGCGCCAGAAACGGAUUAUCCUGGUGAUAGUCUGCGUGGUGCUUUUGUUAGACAACAUGCUUUAUAUGGUGAUUGUGCCAAUUAUACCCGCUUAUCUAGAGGGGCUCCAGAGGGCAGCGGACCAAGCCCUCGACAAUCCCGUGAACCAGAACUUUACCAACUCCACCAUCCACAAAAGCGCAAAGGAGAACUUCGACCUGCAGAUAGGAGUUCUUUUCGCCUCCAAAGCCAUCGUGCAGCUCCUGAUUAACCCCCUCAGUGGAACCUUCAUAGACAGGGUCGGGUAUGAGAUCCCGCUCUUCAUAGGGCUCAGCAUCAUGUUCCUGUCCACUGUCACCUUUGCCUUCGCUGAGAACUAUGCGUCCCUGUUCCUGGCGCGCAGCGUGCAGGGAGUGGGCUCGGCGUUCGCGGACACUUCAGGGAUCGCCCUGAUCGCAGACAGAUACACAGAGGAGAAAGAGAGGAGCAAAGCCCUGGGCAUCGCCCUGGCCUUCAUUUCUUUUGGAAGUCUCGCGGCGCCCCCAUUCGGAGGGAUUCUCUUCCAGUUCGCAGGGAAGUCUAUUCCUUUCCUGAUCCUGGCCUUGGUGUGUCUAAUAGACGGAGUUCUGUGUCUGGUUGUGCUCAAACCGUUCUCUCAGCGGGAGAGGGAGAACAUGCCGGUAGGAACCCCCAUCUACAAACUGAUGCUUGACCCUUACAUAGCCGUAGUGGCCGGUGCUCUGACCAUCUGCAACAUCCCUCUGGCCUUCCUCGAGCCCACGAUUGCCAACUGGAUGGAGGACACCAUGCAUGCCAGUGAGUGGGAGAUCGGCAUGACCUGGUUCCCCUCCUUCUUCCCACACGUGCUGGGUGUGUACCUCACCGUCAAACUAGCAGAGAAGUACCCGCAACUGCAGUGGUUUUACGGCGCCAUAGGUAUGGUGUUCAUAGGCGCCAGCUCCUGCACGGUGCCCGCCUGUAAGAACUUUGGCCAGCUCAUGAUCCCGCUGUGCGGAAUCUGCUUCGGCAUCGCCUUCGUGGACACGGCGCUCCUGCCCACACUGGGUUUCCUGGUGGAUGUGCGACACGUGUCCGUGUACGGCAGCGUGUACGCCAUCGCAGACAUCUCCUACUGCUUGGCCUACGCGCUAGGGCCUGUGGUGGCCGGACAGAUAGUUCACGACCUGGGCUUCGUUCAGCUCAACUUGGGCAUGGGCCUCGCCAAUGUGCUUUACGCGCCAGCGCUCCUUCUCCUGAGUAAUGUAACCAAGAUGAAACCUUCGUUCUCAGAGAGAAACAUGCUUCUGGAAGACGGUCCAACAGGACUGUACGAUACGAUUAAGAUGGAAGAGCGAGAGAAGAAGAGGAAGGGACUGUGCACAACAAUCGACGACAACGGCAUCAACACGUUUGCGCAGCGGUCGCCCUCAGAAGAGGAUUCCUCCGGCGCAGAGUACGCGUAAAAGAGUUGUUUUUUUAACCCAGUGUUAAACUAUCAAAGUGCCAUGUAGGUUUGUGUGCAUCCUGACUGUCUCACAUAACACGGUUUUCAUUGUGUAGCAUCAUUUAUUUACGGUAGCUGGUGACAGUCCCUGCGGAGGGGGGUGUCAAACCAUUUGGCUUCAAGCUUUCAGGCAGCAGAAAAAGCGCUCGUCUUGUGUGUGUGUGUGAUUGUGUGUGUGUGUGUGUGAGUGUGUGUCAACCAAAGUGAGUGUAUUGUCUAAGUAUCCGUCCAGGCAUCACCAGUAUUUACCACCGUAUCAGAAACCAACUCAUAUUCAGGGACUGUGUGUAAAUGUACUGUUUUUGACAGAAGGUGACGCUGUAAUAAUGUCUUUGGCUCUGACCUGUGUGUCUUCGGAGUUGUGUUGCUAAAAACCACGAUAUGCAAAACUGCGUGUUAAGUUUUGGGAAAAACAGGGAAAAGUCUGAUGGAAAAAAUCUGUGUCUGUGCUGUGUGUAUAUUUUAUUUUAUUUUAUUGAUUUAAUUUAUUUAUUUGGAUGAUGUAGUCCUGGAAUGCAAAGCCUCAAUGUAUGUUCUGAGACUGUACAUACAUGUAUAUUUAUGUACAUAAUUAAACCCAAAGGCUAUUAUCUGACUGGUGUUAUUUAUGGAAUUUAUUUAUUAUUUACUGUUACUGGUAUUUUUAAAGGCCUCAAUUAAAAGGAAAAACAAAUAUUACGAUGGUGUGUAAAAUGUAAUAAAAUAUUAAAAUAUGUAGCUAAUAUAUAAAAUAUUUUGCCUUGUAAAUUAGUAAACAUUAAAAUUGAGUCAUAUAAAUCUAAAUACCUGGAUUCUACUAAUGAGUAGCAGAGAAAUAGAGUAUGUGCGAUUAUUAAAAGACGGGAUUCUGUUAAAUUAAGAAUGAAAAAAAAAAAGAAAUCACACUGCAUUUGUGCUGAGAUCUAAAAACUACAGGCGUCCGCAUUCCGUAUGUACAAAAAGAAGGAUCAGUCAGAUCUGCGAGGAAAUGUGUGUCUAGAUUUCUCCAAAGAAGAAGGAGGGGUAAAAAAAAAUGUCCAUAAUUACUCCUCAGCUCAGCGUGUGAGCUCCACGGGCGUUCAGUCAUCAUCUAACCAAGGUGGGGUGAGGAUGUGGAGAGUCAAAUAAAGUUCUCGACGAAUGGCAGGAGUUCUGGGAGGAGCCUGGGAGCCAGGAGGCUGAGGUACCUUCUCAGCAUCUCUGCCUCAGCCUUUGAGGAAGUCGA